CAGCCCAUGACAUUUGAUGUUCCCCUUUUCAAAAACAAUGACAUUAAAUUUGUCUGUUGUCAAGGGCAGCUUCGUUUAAUAUUUAUGUUUUGAAAAACAAUUACAUUUCAUGUUGAAGUUUAAAAACUUAUAUAAAAACUUAAAAAGUAUAUAUAUUUAUACGUUUUGGGGGCACGUUUAGAUCUGCAUAUAUUCAAAGUACUGGCUAAACAAAGAACAGAAUUCAAUUAUGGCUACUGGCUUGUCAGCUUUAUGUGCAAAGUCCAAAAAAACAUCUUUCUUAAUAAAAGACAUAUUGGAUAACAUUGAUUCUGAGUUGGCACCUUCUGCAACUUCAGGACAAGAAGAGACCAAGAGGUUUUCGACUAAUUACUGCCAGUCCACGCCCGUAUACCCUGGCUCUUCCAUCCCCCACAAGAUGACCCAAUGCAGCCAAGAUCACCCUAACUUCAGAACAAGUGCUCUAACUCUACCAAUGUUUCCUCAUCCGUAUAUAAACUUGUCAUCUGUCCACACGGGUUACGUUCCCUAUGUGGCCUCUUGCUUUCCUCACAUCGAGGCAUUUAUUGAGCCUAGGACGGAUAACUCUCCCUAUUCGAUGCCCAUUCCUCUUCCAGUUUACAUCAGAAGCAGGUCUCCAUCUAGCCAUGACAGUUUUGUCAAGCCAAAGAAAUGUCGUAGAAGUCGGACGGUCUUUACUGAACUACAGCUAAUGGGAUUAGAGAAAAAAUUUGAAGGCCAAAAAUACCUGUCCACGCCUGACCGCUUAGACCUGGCCGAGUCACUCGGGCUGUCCCAGAUUCAAGUCAAGACCUGGUAUCAAAACCGACGAAUGAAAUGGAAGAAACAGGUCCUCCAGAAAGGAGCCAAAGAAGCGCCCACGAAGCCAAAAGGUCGCCCUAAGAAAGAUUCUCUGGAUGGCAGCGCGGACUCUGAACUAGACGUUGACGACGCUGCAUUCGACGAUGACGUCAGCUCGUUGGGGUCACCUUCCACGGCGGAACAAGAGGAAGCCAGCUUUGGACAAAUGCAGUCAUUGAAGGGGCCACAGCCAGUUAAAGAUGUCCACGCACUUGACCUACGACAUACAGUUGACCAUUAGUGUUGAAAUCUGUUGAGUAGAACUUUACAGUUCGAUAGCCACCUAAAUGUCCAUUAAUUUUUACACGUUUAUAUUGGAAGUUUACACGACUCUAAAUGUCCAUUAAUUUGUAUACAUUUAUAUUAGAUGUUUCAAUGACUCUAAAUGCCCUUUAA